AUGGAUGAUUCCUUAUCAUCCAUAAAUGCUCUUAAAUCCUUGAGCAUCAAUUGUGCCAUGUUUGUGUCAGAAGCCAUAUACAGGUGUGGUAAAAUUGUGGACAUUGGAGUCAGGGUACAGCCAUUGUGUGCUGGAAUGCGAAAAGCCUACAAUGGUUACGAAAGUUCAAAAGCGCCGCCUAAACUUAACCACACACUUUAUUUCCAGAAUGAAGCUGCAGCCUUGAAUCAUAAAGAAGUUGUGGAAGAAGACCGCAUUAAGCAAAUGCCCAAAAACUAUUCUAAGAAGCGUGAAAGACUAGAAGCUGAAUUUAAAGAGGAUCAACGAAGAGAGGCUGCUCUAGCAGAGGGUAAAGACUAUGAUCGCCUAAGAAUGCUGGAAGUUGGAGCAGAUGAGGCAGAACGGUGGGAGAGGAGAAAAAAGAAGAAAAACCCUGAUCAAGGCUUCUCUACCUACGAAGAUGCUACCAUAAGAACGUGUUCAUAG